CGAAGACUCCUUAAGAGGGUCUUCCGUGGAUUAGUCCCGUUCAUAUGAACGAGGAUACCACGUAAAUCGUUGUGUCCGUGUUUUCAUUGUUCGUAUUUUACAAACAGCGUUGACAACCUUGGAAAAAAUAGCUUUAACUCAACCGGGGUUAAAUAUCGAGUAGGUUCAAACCGAACUCCGGGCAGAGCCUAAUCUAACGGUGCAGAUCAACUUAUCAGAAAAUGAGGAAAAGGGGGAAAACAGAAAAUUCCAGAAGAACAAAAACUGUCUAAUAGUUAGGGCAAAAUACGCUCUUCUGAAUCUGAUCCCCAAAUUGAAUUGGAUCGAUCUUGGAUACUACUGAUGAAUUUAGGGUUAGGGGUCUUGUUCACCCUCUGAUGGAGACGGACUACGUCGCCGAGUUCCUUCAUAAUCACAUGGAUCGACGUCCCAGAAAGAGACCUAGGUUCGCUUGGGAUUUCCCGCCUCAAACUCACACCAAGGCUCAGCCAGGAUUGUAUUUUGGACAAGAUGUUGGAAAUGGGACAAGCAUGGGACCUUCAAGAGUACUACUCGCAGACCAUUCCGGUUUAUAUCUAAAAGGAUUGGCUCAAAAGGGCUCUCCCCCAUGGCGAGACGAUGACAAAGAUGGACAUUACAUGUUUGCUCUCGGAGAGAAUUUAACAUCUCGCUACAAGAUCCAUAGGAAAAUUGGCGAAGGAACCUUUGGUCAGGUUUUGGAAUGCUGGGAUAGGGAAACGAGAGAGAUGGUUGCCGUAAAAGUUGUGAGAAGUAUAAAAAAAUACAGGGAGGCAGCAAUGUCCGAAAUUGAUGCACUCCAGUUGCUAGGGAAGUAUGAUAGAAAUGGCAGCCGUUGUGUACAAAUAAGAAACUGGUUUGACUACCGGAACCAUAUCUGCAUUGUCUUUGAGAUACUUGGACCAAGCUUAUACGAUUUUCUUCGAAAAAAUAGUUAUCGACCAUUCCCAGUAGACCUUGUCCGUGAGCUUGGCAGACAACUCUUGGAAUGUGUAGCAUUUAUGCAUGACUUGCGUCUUAUCCAUACCGAUCUGAAGCCAGAGAAUAUACUCUUUGUUUCUCCAGAUUAUGUGAAAAUUCCAGACUACAAGGUUCCAGCACAUUCAUUUAGUGAGGCAGGCUGUUACAAGAGGUUGCCAAAGUCUAGUGCCAUUAAGGUCAUUGAUUUUGGCAGCACUGCUGAUGGUCAUAAACAUCACAACUAUAUUGUUUCUACCAGACAUUACCGUGCGCCCGAGGUUAUCCUUGGCCUUGGAUGGAGUUACUCAUGUGACAUAUGGAGUGUCGGCUGUAUAUUGGUGGAACUUUGCACAGGGGAAGCAUUGUUCCAGACCCACGAUAACUUGGAGCACUUAGCUAUGAUGGAAAGAGUAUUAGGCCCGUUACCUCAGCAGAUGCUGAAGAGAGCGGAGUUUGUCUUCUCUCUCUCUCUCUCUCUAUCCUUCCAUUUCUAUUGCUUCCAUCAUGGAAUCAAGCAAUUCUCUUGCUUAUUAUUCUGGAUUGUCUUUCUCCAUUUCCAUGCUCAUCCACAGUCGACACACUGACAAGUACGUGAGAAGAGGUAGGUUGGAUUGGCCCGACAAUGCAACCUCUCGUGAUAGCAUUAAAGCCGUCAUGAAGCUGCCUCGUCUUCAGAACCUUGUAAUGCAACACGUGGAUCACUCGGCGGGAGACAUAAUCGACCUCUUGCAGGGUCUUCUUCGGUACGACCCUUCGGCCAGGCUAACGGCUCAUGAGGCCCUCGGGCAUCCUUUCUUCUCUAGGGACCCUUACAGGAGACUUUGAAUCAAAAGAAGAAGAUAUUGGAUGCUAAUAAUCUUUAAUGUGUCCCCCCCUUAAAGAAGGAAGGAACGGCUUUUUACGUCAUCAAUUCGGGUUGAAGAGUGUACCAUAUUAUGGGGAUUGCUUUUCUCUGUACUCUUUAUCUCGAGGAGAAUCAAGCUGUUCAGUCGCUGACGAAUACAAAGUGUUCUGAACCCUGUAACUGUAAGUGAAGCAUCUGUAUAUUAUUUUGUAUUUAGGGGAAGAUAAAACAAAGGGUUUUCUGGACAGCCCUCCCCAAUUGUGCUAGAUUGCAGUGUAGUUUGAAUUCAGUUUUUGCCAUAAACAUGUUCCGGUUUAUCGUUUGACACAAAUAUAUCGCUGUUUACAGGUGUGAGCACUUUGGUAAGCAUCAACACUAGACGAAAUAACAGAUACAAUGGUUAACAAUUCAUCGUUUUAAAACCAUUAAGCUAAUCGAUUCUGUUCCAUGUCAUGUCAUUAAUGAUUCAAUUAGACAUGAAAUUACUCCAAAAAUUUGUUGUAGUAAAAUUUCUAUCGCUUGGUAAUGCACCGUUUUCCACGUAAUAUCCCAUUCGGAGGCCCCGUCGUGACAAUUGUACAGUGACCGUAGAGCUUAUACGAGUAUCUCAGAAACGAACCCAGCUUGGAUCGAACACGGAACACCCCUUUUACGUUGAACGUCACCGUAUUCUUGUUGAUCUGUUCCUCCAGCUUCUUGCUGUCCUCCAAUGGGAUCCGGACCUGGCUCGUCACCAGCUCCAGGUUCACGAACCUCGACCCGGCCCGGUCGGCGGAGAACGGCUGGAUGAACUGGGUCGCGAUCAGCGUGCUCCCGUAGUAGAGAUCGACGAUCAGGCUCCCGAAUUCGACGGCGACCUUCCGAUUAGGGUUCGUGAAAUUCGCCAGCACCGACACGUCGGCGUUGAGCAGGGAUCCGGCGUCGAGGUACGCGGCGUUCAGCGUCGCGUCGGAGACCUCGAACCGCGGGUUGUGCGGCCGGUAGACGAGGUAGACGAUGAGGACGAUCAAUCCGACGAGGAAGAUGGCGAUCCAGAAGAUCGCGCAGCACACGGCGGCGCACCACGUCGUGAUUUUCGUCUUCCGCGGCGACGGCACCACGGGGCCCCUUCCCCGCCGGUGCCCGACCACGGCCGGAUCGGGGCCGUCGUGCGGCGGUGGUGACGUGGAUGUUUCGGCGGCGGUUGUGGACGCGGGUGCGGUGGCGGCUCGGAGUCGUGGCGGUGGGGUUCGGUGACGAGCGGGCCGUGGUCGUCGGUCGGGUGGGAUGAUGAGGGCGGGAGUAUCCAUGGGCUUUGGUAGUUGCCGUCAUGGGCUGGGCCGUGGGCCGGCUGCGGGUGAUGUGGUGGUAUGGCCCAUGGGCUGCGGAACUGUCCGCGUUCCUGGUGGCGGAUCGGGCCCAAUGGCUUAUUGCGCGGCGGGAGUAAUUCCUCGUCGACGUGGAGAGGGAAGUGUUGGUUGCCAGGGUCCGGAAUUUCCUGGUUAUGGUGGCGCGGCGGGGGAGGAGUGGCUGGGCCACUGACUGGAGGAGUUAUGACCGCCGGUGGGGUGGAACGGCGGCCGUCGCCACGGUCGCGGCGGGGCUGUUGGAGUGGCCUGACGAAAUGAGGGUUGGUUUCAGGGUGGCGGGACAUAACUAUGUGUGUUCUCUAGAGAGAGAGAGAGAGAGAGAGAGAGAGAGAGAGAGAGAGCUGCUUAGUUGGAAAAUUUUGAAGAGAGUGAAACUAGUAGAUAGAUAUGUUAGGUUUUGGAAGUGGAAAAAGGGGGAGUUUGGAAUUUGGAUGACUUGAUGAGAAAUUCAAGUAGGAUUCAUUUGUAGGGAAAGAAUCGAGAGUUGUCUAGUUGGGGUGGGGGAGGCAACGUAUAAUUCCCUUUUCCUGUUCACAUUUUGAAGUUGGUUUACGUUCAUGAUUGACUAGUAUUGUGAUAUGGAGGAUGAUUAACAAUUUUUGUGGUUGACGGAU